AUGUCUGCAUUUGACAUUGAUUCGUUGACGCAGUAUCAAAUUAAACAGAUGACUAGAGAUGAAUUGGUUGUCUUGGUUGUGGACUGGUUACAAAGGUUUAGAGACAAAUCUGCAUUACUGAUUAAGGAGAACAACCUGCAGGAGGAUUUGGAAAAAGCUAAUCAACAAAUUGAGCUUCUAAAUGAGAAAAUUGCGUCACUCACCAAAGAGCUAAACUGGUCUAUCAAGCAAAACAAAUACCUGGAAGGUCAGCAAAUCCCACAGUUACAACACGAGUUAGAGAACCGGGGUUCCCACAGGGCUCAGUUGUUAUCUGAGGUAAAACAGUACCAAACUAAAGUCAAAGAGCUUCAAAGCGCUUUAAAAAACCUUGAGAGGGACUCAAAACAGCAGAUUGAUCGGAUUUUGUUGGAAAAAAGGCAAGCGAUGUCUCAAAUUACAGCACACAAAGUGAAGAUUGAAAAGCAACAAAGUGAAGUGAAGAAACUUGAGUUUGAGCUGUCCCGAAAGAUUGACGAAAUCGGCCUGAAGAACAACGAGAUUGUGAGAGAAAAAGACAAGUCCAAACUUCUUGAGGGCACGAUAAAAGCUCUGGAAAAGCAGUUGAAAGAGGCAGAGAAGGAAAAUAACAUUCUUGAGAAGAAACUUAAAAAAACUCCAAAGGAAGAAGCCAUAGAAAAAACUAAGAUAGAGUUUAAAGCAAGGCUGAAUGUAACUUCAACUGUAUUAGCUCAGGAAAAACAACGAAACAAGACAUUAACAGAAUGUCUGAAGAAACGGGAUAUCGAGUUGAGUAAUCUCUUGAAGCAACAGCCUAGGCGCCGCUCAGAACCACAGCGACAGGCCAUGGUUGUGUCAAAAAGUUUUGAACCCACCGCAUCUGAUUGGAGAGAGCUGAGGAAAGAAAAUAUAUCCUUAAAUUCUCAGAUAAAGGCACUUACUGAAAGCAGGCAGAGGGAUCAAGUUCUCAUUAAAGACAUCACCGACCAAGUGAUUAAGUUCAGAACGUUGUACAUCAGUGAGAAGAUACAACACGAGAAUUUGAAGGAAUUCAUGAAUUUCAAACCGGCUCAGGUAGAAGACAAUAUCGCUGUGGAAGAACCUACAGUCAAAACUCAAACCAACGAUAAACAAGUUCAAAUUCUACCACCCAUUGACAAACCAACCCUCCAGCUGCCCAAGACAAAGUCAAUUUGUAAUCGAAGAAUUUUGUUUCUGAGUGAAGGCAAAUUAGAGCCAGAGUUUAAAGUAGACUUCCUCACAACAAAAUCAGAUUUAAAGCAGUUUAAGCCAACGGCCCCUAGCAAAAGGACGCCUGAAAGGCCACCAUUUUCACCGACAGUCAGAAAGCUUUUUCCCAGGGAAAGUGAGAGGAGAAAAAAAUUAGAGGGCAACCUCGGGGGAGUGCCACAGUAG